AUGGCCACUACUUUAGAUCAAAAUGUAGUACCAAAGUUGAAGGGAAAAUUUCAAGCAGAAGUAGUUUGUUUCGUUCUUGGACUCGGAUCCCUUGUUGCGUGGAAUAGUAUGAUGACAAUCGGAGACUACUACUACAAACUGUUUCCUACGUACCAUCCUUCUCGAGUACUCACCAUAAUUUAUCUACCAUUUUCACUUGUGGCAAUGGUAAUACUGACACACAACGAGUCGAGGAUUAACACUAGGAUGCGAGUCAUAACCGGAUACACUAUUUUCUUCAUCUGCACUUUGUUAGUUCUUGUUGUAAAUCUAGCAAUAUCGGGGAAAGGAGGAAUUGUACAUUAUAUUGGCUUAUGUGCUCUUUCUGCUAGUUUUGGUGUUGCAGAUGCUCUUGUUCAAGGUGGCAUGGGUGGAGACAUGUCCUUUAUGUGUCCUGAGUUCAUUCAGUCCUACUUUGCUGGUUUAGCGGCCUCGGGAGUUCUAACAUCUGGUUUGAGAUUUCUCACCAAAGUGGCAUUUGAGAAAUCGGAUAAUGGACUUCGAAAAGGGGCUUGUAUGUUACUCCUUUUCACUAGUGGAAAUAUAAAUCAAAAUCAGUUUUAA